AUGCCGCAGACACCUGUACCGGGAUAUACACCCAAAGUUUCGUUUGACACCUUUGAGAAUCCAGUGGCCAGCAUGUUCAGCUUCACGUUAAGAGCCAAAUCUGCUGGGUAUAAAAGGACGAGGUCGACGAGGGUCUUUCUGUGUGCCUCAUCUGCUGAUGAAUCAGGAAGGGAGGCUCUUGAUUGGUCUUUAGAAAGCUUUGUGCAAGAUGGUGAUGAAUUCGUGGUUUUUAGAGGGAUCGAAGAAGAAGUUCUUGACAAAGAUCAUGACCUGGUCCGCGAAGAUGCUCGUGCCCUCAUGGCUUACAUCCAAGCGAAGAGUCAAGAAUAUGAUCCAGAUCGUAAACUCUCCAUAAUCUUGGAAUAUAUCGCUGGAAAAGUUACCGAUGCUCUCGAUCGUCUCAUCGCCCUUUAUAAACCUGAUUCCGUUGUUGUUGGUACCCGUGGACGAAAGUAUGUUAGAGCCUGGCAAGUAGGUAUCGGCAAAGGGACCAUGGGCAGCAUUAGCCGGUACUGCUUGACCCAUUCCCCUGUUCCAAUCAUCGUUGUGAGACCAGAACGAAAGGUCAAGAAGACUGUCGAGAAGCGGAGAGCGGAUCCCAAAAGGGGUACCCAUUUUGACUAA